CCAACAAAUAUCUCUCCCACCGAGCUAAUUCAACAGCAUGCCGACAAUCUAUCGUGGCGUGUCGUCGACCGUGCGACAAAAACUGAAUCCGGAUUGAACUUGACAUUUUCGCAACUUGUUAAAAUCAUCGAAGACGCGCGUUUCGAUGAUGAUCAAGGAAGCAUCGCUCCCAUUCCGUUGGAAAAUAAUACUGACAAUGAUAAAAAGAGAAAUAUUCCUAAACGUACCCCAGAUCCUGAACACGUCGAAAAUACCGAUGCUGACUCUUACAUAACCGUAGGACAUAUAGGUUCUGGAUGCACUGGAACAUUGAUCGGGCCUAAUGCGGUGUUAACAGCGGGUCACUGUGUAUAUGACGGCACCAAUUGGUAUGGAAACCUUGAUUUUUCCCCCGGUCAAAACGGCCCAGACCCGGAUCCAAACGACCCAGACUCCGAUCCAAAAUUCGACAAGAUCAACUGGAUUCAGGACCGAGCAUCAAAAUCAAAAUUACGACUAUGCGCUGAUUAUUUUCAGGAAAUCAACACUGGCUGGCGAUUCAAUUGGGAAGGAUAUCCGGGAGAUAAGGUGACUAAUUUUAGACUAGUACAAAAUCGGUUCUAUCAUACUCACAUUGCUCAUUAUAAACACAAUAAGCCCCACUGGACUAUGUGGCAUGAAUUCUGCCCACGUCUACGUGACGUUGACGAACUACUAUUUGAACAUUUUGGCCAUACUGCCAAAGGUACGUCUGGCUCCGGUCUGUAUCUCUUCCUCGAGCCAGAUUUUCUAAGAAUAUACGGAGUAGUGUCACAUCAUGUUGUUAGGCUAAGUUUUCCAGUGGUUGGAUGUCUUCCAAUAUUUGUUGAUAAGCCAACUCAUUUUAAUCAAAUAUUACAUAUGCGAUUUUAUGAUAAUACGUAUUUGAAAUCAGCAGAAAAUUGA